AUGAAUAUGAACAGUAAUAGCUUCGUUACACCUCCUGAACAUAUAGUACAUGAGCAUGGAUCAUCGAAUCAGGUCAAUAUCAAUAAUAAUAUCUUACCUUCGAGAUCCAAUCCUACUAGGACGAUACCGGUCGAUUUUACCUCGGAACAACAAGGUGGUCAACCAACAAAAAGGCGAAAGAGCAGUGCGGCAUUUAAUACACAGGUUGUAUUACAAAAUCCUGACCAAAUUAUGUCAAGCCAAAAUAAUCAACACGUUCAGAGUCAAAUGGUAUCACCACCAAUUGGAUUUACAAGUCAGAUGAAUCAGAUUCAGUUAAAUUAUAUCUUACAAAGAUUAGAUACUAUCAAGUCUGAAAUAACAAAAAAAGAUUAUCAGACUCUUUGUGCUGAACUUCUUAAGUAUUUGCAAACUGACAUUGCAUAUUCUUCUCCACAAUGCCAAGAGAGUUUUUAUCAGUGCUUACAGAACAUAAAAAGCAAUUUCGGGUCUACACCUAUGGAAAUAGGAUUAUCCGUAUUCCAGGCUGCUUUAAAUAAUAUCCAUCGUUUCUCAAAUACACAGCAUCAAAAUCAUAUUAAAAAAUGGGCCAAUGAGCUCAACAAAUCUUCUAGCGUUACUUCUCAACAAUUCCCAGCAAAUAAUAUAAAUCCAUCGUUGCCAAGGAUUGAAAACAAACAGAUUUCAGAUGUUGAAAAGGCAAAUGGAAAUUGGGUUUCCAGAAUAAUAGAUCGAGCUUGGGGCCAUGUUAUGCUCCCUUAUGAAUCUCUGAUAGCUAAUCAACAUCAGGAACAGCAGGAAUUUGUAAAUUCCUUUUAUAUUCCCCACGAAAAAUUCGAAAGGAUAUGGAAACUAGAAACGGCUUCUCCGGCAACCCUUAUACAUCCAAACAAAUUACCGCUUACAUACCGAUUAAUAUCGCGUAAGCCAAAUAAUAUAGAUGACGAUAACAAGUGUGAUUGGCCCCCGGAGGAAGCUAUGUUUAAAGUACAAAUCAACGAUUCGGAAGUUAAAUUGCACAGAAAACAACGAAUUCCUAUUAAAAAUAACCAAUAUUCAUUUGUUGGAGUUGACAAAGCUGUCGAUAUUGCCCAAUAUUUAGAAGCAGGAGUGAACAGGAUUAAAAUUACACAGUGUAUGUGUGAAACUUGUCGCCAACAAUUAUGUGAACAUAUAUUGUCAAUAGAAAUUUUAUUAAAGGAAACGGAAGAAAUAGUGCUUCGCAAUGCACGAAGCCAAACACUUACUGUAGAGCACGGAAUGGAAAUUGUUAAACGACUAAUUUCUGGUCCAAGCGCUUCUAUUAUUAAUGCACAGUCACCGACCAGUUCAAUUUCAUCUCCGAGUCAUACUAUGAUAACUGACGAGGAUGAUUGUGAUGUCACAGUCAACAAAAUGAAAGUUAGCUUGCGAUGUCCAAUAAGUUUACUGAGAAUAGCUGAACCCGCGAAAGGACAACAUUGUCUCCACAUUGGUUGUUUUGACUUGGAAACCUAUGUCAGUGUAAACAAGAAAAAUUCCAAAUGGAGAUGUCCCGAGUGCAAUGACCGGGUAACGUCGGAAACCUUGCGAAUCGAUGAAUAUUUCAAAAGAUUACUAGAACAAAUACCAGAAAAUGUUAAUACUGUCGAGCUCGAUUCUAGUGGCAGGUGGACAGUCGUGGGACAAGAUGAUUGCGAUGGUGAAUCAACCGACGAUGAUGAUAUGCAAGUUGAUUCGGCUUCUAAGAAAUCAUCAAUUUCUUCGCAAAAGGCUCCCAACACAAUAAUAAUAUUAGACGAUGAUGAUGACGAUGAACUAGAGCCUCAACCGAUUAAUAAUCAACAACAAGUUCUUUCAAUGCAGAACAAUAAUAUGCCAACGUAUGAUCAAAGUUCAACAAUUAUACGACAAACGUCCACGCCAUAUACACAACCCGUAAGGAACGAUCAAUCACAAUUAACGAAUUCCAUAAUCAUACAAUCUCCACCUCAUUCUGCAAGUUUAACAACACCUAGUAUACCGAAGAAUUAUUUACCACAAUUACCAUUAUCGCAAUUAUCAGCUGAUCAUACUACGUAUGUGGAGGCAAUACCACCAUUUUAUAAUAAUAGCAAUAAAAGUAAGAGAAAGUCGAAUUCUAAAAAACGAAGGUCUCGGCGCAAGGAUAUGGAGGUGAAUACACAAGAUAGAGUUGCGGGAAUACAAACGUUACUGUUAUCACCACAAGACUCUGUUACUAAAACAGCUACACAAGUUGCAAGUCCAAUAUCUCCUCCUAUCAGUGUAACCGUUCCUAAUCAUUCUCAGAGUGAAGAAUGGGAAACUGAAGAUGAACAAGAGGAGGUAGUUUUGGUUUCGUCAACAACUGUUUAA